AUGUCAGACAGUCAGGCGCAGAGUCUGCGCGAACCCAUUCCUCCAACACCUUCAAGGCUCCUUGCAGACCGCACUGUGAUCCUUCAGAAGUAUCCACUUCGAAGACCCAUGUCAUGGCGGCAUUCUCUCGUUUCUCGACCUCUGCCGCGGCUCCAUCGAAUGUUCCCACUCCUUUCUCCUUCACCUAGUGAUACACCUUCCGCAUCUUUCUAUCGCCUCUAUCAAUUUUUUGUCAUAGACUGGACAGUCCAGUUCCGCAACGAGCUCGAAUACUUUUGGACACGAUCUGAGCCCGCAUGGGCACUCUCGGCCCUCCCCGACCCAUACCCUACUGAUAAACCCAACACAGGCUCUGCCACCAACAUAGACGAGGCACUUCAAUACGCCAUUAUGGCUGGACUAUGUUACAUCAUGGAGAAAGCAUACAACCGCCUCAUUAUGAGAGGACUACCUCGUGACGCACCUCCCAUCGUGGAUGACUUUGAAGAGCUACAGGCACGCCCCAAACACCCGAGAGUGAUGGAUAUCCCUGACUCGGAGGGAAAUGUGCCUACGGAUGAGGAUGCUGAUGAAGAUUUUUUGCGCUUUGGAGUCCGGGUUGCAACGCCUCAUUGGGUUUUUGUUUGA